AUCUGAGUGAGCUUGAUCAAGAAUCAAGAGUUUCAUCAACUGCGUAGAUGAUGUGACUGUGUGAAACUCUGUUAAAAGUUGCUCGUAUCAGUCAUGGCCGUCAUCUGGUCACCAUGCCUCAUCCUGUUGUUGGCGCUGCUGACAACGUCUUGUCAAGCCUUUGUUUCUCCCGUACCUUUGCCCAAACAUGAAUCACCCGCUGUGUCUUUCGAUUGGGCUGGAUUGCAAUCUUCGACCGGCUUGAACUUCCGCAAAUGCUACGGUGGCUCCUUCGAGUGUGCGAGACUGACUGUGCCUCUGGACUGGAACGAUCCAAUAAACCCAAACAAUAUCUCUCUUGCCAUCAUCCGUCUCCCAGCCGUGGUGGACAGAACGGACAAGAACUUCGGUGGCACAAUCAUCAUCAACCCCGGCGGCCCCAGCGGGUCUGGGACGGAUACCCUAUUAUUAGGGGGGCGAUCUUUGCAGAAGAUGAUUGAUAGCGAACGGCAUUUCGAGAUCCUCUCUUUCGAUCCGCGAGGAGUCAAGUACACCACUCCCAACGUUGCGUGCUUCCAGGAUCAGUUAGCCAGGCAAGUCCAGGACGUUUUUAACGUUGCUGUGGGUGGUCUUGACGGCUCCGAAGAUGCGUUAAAUGUCAAAUGGGCAAUCAGUCAAAGCCUGGGGACAUCAUGUCUGGAUUCAGGCUCCUUUCCCGAUGGUUCCAAUAUACGUCAAUAUGUCAGUACCGCAUUGGUGGCGAGGGACAUGAUUGAGAUCGUCGACAAACUCCACGAGAACCUCAAAGCCGAGCUCAAGAGAACAAUGCGAAAUGCUGGAAUGCAGAAGCCCUUCGAUAGCGACUCGGCCCCAUAUCCCACCCUUCCACUUCUUAACUACUAUGGAUUUUCCUAUGGAACUUACCUCGGCAAUACCUUUGCCUCCAUGUUUCCUCACCGAGUUGGACGUAUGAUUCUGGACGGUGUGGUCGAUGCAGAUGAUUAUGCGGCUACUGGCUGGACGACUAAUUUGUCGGAUAACAUGAAAACUUGGACAGCAUUCUUUGAUGACUGCUUUGCAGCUGGUUCGAAAUGCCCUUUGUACAACUCAACGUUUACCACAUCCUCCCAACUCCAAGAGCACGUGGAGAGGUUUAUGGAGCAUCUGAAAGAAAACCCGCUUCCCUUGGUUGUGAACGGAAAUGCAGCCUUGAUGACACACUUUUUGCUAAAAGUCGCAAUUCAUUCAUGUUUGUAUACCCCCAAUCAUCUAAGCCCGAUUCUAGCAAAACUUCUUGCAUCACUGGAGAAGGGCCGACUUGGCAUAAAGCCAGUCGUUCUCAAUGAUGUUGAUUUCCGGUCCGAAGCCGAUACGAUCGGCUUUCUGCCUUCUCUUCCACCUGUACCGACGCUGCUUAGAGGCCACUUCGGUCGUCCCGUUGGGUCUCCAGAAGAUGACUACACAUGGUCGCUCGAGGCAGCAGUUUCUAUUCUGUGCGGCGAUGGCGAUGAUAUCACGUGGCGGAGUAAGGCCAACCAAACGGAUUAUCUUCGACUGCUUCAAAGCCAGUCCGAGCUAGACGCAGCCGUAUGGGCGGAAAUCACUCUGAGAUGCGUUCAUUGGCCACAAGCUCUGCGACCCUCCGACAUCAACAGGUUUACAGGCCCCUUUCAGUCCAAACUUUCGGAUUACCAUUCUCGAGCGAGCCCAUUGUUGUUUAUUGGUAACACUGCUGAUCCUGUGACUCCUGUGCGAAAUGCUCACAGAAUGUCUUCGCGCCACGAGGGUAGUGUGGUGCUCACCCAAGACAUGCCUGGCCACUGCUCUUCGGAGAUUAGCCCAACCACGUGCGGAUUUACAGCCACGAAAGCUUUCUUCGCAAACGGGACGCUACCAGAGCCUGGGCUGGAUUGCAAACGCACUCGUUGGCCUUGGGAUACAUAAGAAUCGCCACCAUCAAAUGUAGAGGUGAUGGAUCUAUGAAGACCAUGACAUGGACUAUCUGAUUGAAUCAUUUGCCCUGUUUCAGACAUACAAACCGAAAAUAUUUGAUGGCCCUGUAAAAAAGCAAGCACAGCAAGUUGGAUGGAGAAAUGCUCAAGGGUC